CUAUCACACUUAAGUUGUUGGUUUUCUCCACAACCCCACUUUUACUUCUCUUCCCUCUCUCCCUCCCAAAUAACCGCCAAUAAACAAUGCUCCGACUAAGCAACGCCGCCGUGAUAACAACCAAUGCAAUCCUCGCAUUGAUCGGCCUCGCCGCUCUAUCUUUCUCCGUCUACGUCUAUGUUCAAGGCCCUUCACAGUGUCAACGCUUCGUUCAAAACCCUCUCAUCGUAACCGCUACUCUCCUCUUCUUCAUCUCUUCCUUAGGCCUUAUCGCUGCUCUCUACGGAAGCCACAUCAUCAUCACUCUCUACCUCUUCUUCCUUUUCCUCUCCAUCCUUCUCCUUCUUGUUCUCUCCGUCUUUAUCUUCCUCGUCACGAAUCCCACCGCCGGAAAAGCGUUCUCCGGCAAAGGAAUAGGCAAUGUUAAGACCGGAGAUCUCCAGAACUGGAUCGGGAACCAUUUCCUUCGUGGGAAGAACUGGGAAGGGAUCAGCAAAUGUUUGUCUGAUUCUAGGGUUUGUAAAAGGUUUGGUCCACGUGACGUUGACUUUGACUCCAAACAUCUCUCUAAUGUACAGUUUGGUUGUUGUCGACCUCCCGUAGAAUGUGGGUUCGAAUCAAAGAAUGCCACGUGGUGGACAGUUCCAGCGACAGCGACCACGGUAAUCACAGGGGAUUGUAAGACAUGGAGUAACACGCAGAGCCAGUUAUGUUACGGGUGCGAGUCGUGUAAGAUUGGAGUGUUAAAAGGGAUAAGAAAAAGAUGGAGGAUACUUCUUGUUGUCAAUCUCCUUCUUAUCCUUCUCGUCGUGUUUCUCUACUCAUGUGGCUGUUGUGUGAGAAAGAACAAUCGUGUUCCAUGGAAGCGCCGGUUCUUUUAAAAACUCCUUCCAUUUCGUUUCCAAAUUAAUUAAUUAAUUCUUC